CUUCGUAAUCUAAAUAUUACGAUUGCGAUAACGAUUUUUUGCGUGCGGUUUGUCGGUCGCCGCGUUUUGGUUAAUUGAAUUUGCUGCGCCUACACUAUCGAGCGAGAAUUGUGGUAAUACGGACACGCCGCUAAACGGAAUCUCGUAGUGUCGCCGCGUAGUGCCAAGUGUUGUUUACUACUUUGACAGUUGGCUAGUGGCAUCGUGGCAUCGUGGCGUCCAGUUUUCAGUGUGUAACCGGGAGGCGCAGUGAAGCGGUUCGCAGAGGUUUCGUCGGCCUCUCGCUCUUGGACGUGUCGCGAGCACUAGUGAUAAGCGCAAAUACAGUGACAAAUCAACACAUACCGCCAGCCGAUCCUUGAAGUAGCCUAGCCUAGGCAGCACACACGUAUAUUAAACGCGAAAUUCUGCCACAUGCAUGCCUUCUUUCUGCGCGUCAAGGCCCACCUCAGUCUGCAUGGACCGUCGGCGACAUCGGCAUCGAAUACACCGCGCUCCACCCCACCCUCCACGCCUGAGCCAACGUACACGCCGUCGCCCAUGGAGCUGCAACGUUCGAAAUCGCUCAAGUCCAUACGCGUGCGCAAAGUGUCCAAAGGAUCGCUGAAGUCGCUGCGCCGCGGCACCAUUUGCGUCACGGUCAGCUCGCACGCCUCCUCGGUAUUUUACAGUGACGAGGGUGACUACAUUAAACAUCCCGUCCUUUACGAGCUCAGCCAUAAAUAUGGCUUCACCGAUAAUCUUCCCGAGAGUGCACUGCCUAACCGCCUCGAGGAAAUCAAAGAGGCGAUACGGCGUGAAAUUCGCAAAGAGCUGAAAAUUAAAGAGGGUGCCGAGAAAUUGCGCGAGGUAGCCAAAGAUCGACGCUCCUUGAACGACGUGGCUUCAAUUGUGAAGAAAAGCAAUAGCAAAUUAGCCGAGUUGAAAUCGGAGUUGCAAGAAUUGGAGAGUCACAUUCUCCUAACGCAAGGCAACUCCGUGAGCAAUGGCAGAGAUGGCUACUCCUCGAAUUUAUCCACGCCAACGUCUACGUUGGGCGGUAGCGUCAGCAGCUUGGGCGGUGGCAAUGGCGGUCUUAUUGGUGGCGGACACGAACAGCUUUCGACGAACGACAAAAUGCUCAUCUCACUGGAGAAGCAACUGAAUAUCGAAAUGAAAGUGAAGAAUGGCGCUGAGAAUAUGAUACAGUCAUUGGCGAGUGGCCAUCAUGGGCGUGACAAAAAACUCUUGGCUGAAGCGCAACAAAUGUUGGCCGAUUCGAAGGCGAAAAUUGAGUUCUUGCGGUUACGCAUCCUCAAAGUAAAGCAGAACAAGGAACACGCUCACAAAUUGUCCGCGCAGGCAGCCAUAGCGGCCAGCGGCGACGGCGAGAAUGGUGGGCAGCCGCAACGGCUGGAGACAACGCUCGAGGAGCGCAUCGAGGAGUUGCGGCAUCGCUUACGCAUCGAGGCGGCCGUCGUGGAUGGAGCAAAGAAUGUGAUACGUACCCUACAGAAUAACAAAGUGCCCGAUAAGAAGGCGUUGCAAGAGGCAAAUAUAAGCCUUAGUGAGUCUUCACGCAAGCUGGAUCUCCUAAGGCACUCGCUUGACUUGCGACGUCUGGAAUUGCCCGUGGAUUCACCGGCCGCACACCAACUAAAAUCGGAGCUGCAGUCGGUACAGCAGGCAUCGUCGCCAAUUCCAGUCACCUACACGUCUCUGCAACCCUUUCACGGCGGUCUGUUGGGCGGAAAACCAUACCAACAGGUCUCCUCACUCGGCCGUUGCGCCAGCGUAUCCGGUAAACUGGAAGUGCGUCUGAUGGGGUGCCAAGAUUUACUCGAAGACGUACCUGGACGUUCGCGACGCGAUAAAGAUAACAAUUCCAGUCCGGGUGAUUUGCGCAGCUUUGUUAAGGGUGUAACGUCCCGCAGCAGUUCGAAAAGUUAUUCAGUCAAGGAUGAGACAUCGUCUGAAAUAAUGGCAGUCAUAAAGCUAGAUAAUAUAACAGUGGCGCAGACAUCUUGGAAGCCUUGCUCGCAACAGGCUUGGGAUCAGCGCUUCUCCAUCGAUCUAGACCGUUCCCGUGAACUGGAAAUUGGCGUUUACUGGCACGACUGGCGAUCCUUGUGCGCUGUGAAAUUCUUGCGUUUAGAAGAGUUCAUCGACGAUGUGCGACAUGGUAUGGCAUUGCAAUUGGAGCCGCAAGGUCUGCUCUUUGCCGAAAUUAAAUUCCUCAAUCCGAUGAUAUCGCAAAAACCGAAGUUGCGUCGCCAGCGUAUGAUAUUCAAUAAACAACAAGUGAAGAAUAUACCACGUGCAAAGCAAAUGAACAUCAAUGUGGCCACAUGGGGUCGUUUGCUGAAACGUAAUACACCCUCCAGCUCGCACCUCGCCACCGAAGGCACAACACGCGGUAAUUCACGCGACAGCGAAUCGCCCAUUUCACGUUCACCAUCGUCCGGCACCAUCGAUGCCGAACCCGAACCGUAUUCACCCGGCCAGCAGGCACGUAAUUUAGAAUAUGAUCCUGAUGCGGGUCUGCACGAUCACGUCGAAACACCUGGUGAAUGCCCUGACCCCGAAGUGAGUGGUCUGAGUGGCAUGCGACCACUUUCGAUGCAGGGCAUUGCAGUGCUGCCACCGGAAGUGCCUUCACAAACUACACAAUCUUCUACACCACAACAACAACAGCAGCAGCAGCAACAUCAUUUGUCUACGAAAAACAAUAACUUGCAUUUGCAGAUCGCCGGGAAGCAUGGCUCAAUGACGACUGCUGAAGUUGUCGGCGGCAUGCCACUGGGCUCGAGACCCACUUCGAAAUUGCCAACACCCACGCAGACGCAGCCGCCACCCAUUCCGACCACGGCGCCACCUAAACUCGAUCCAGAGUUACAGAGCGCAUUGCGUGAAUUCGAUUUUCUCAAUCAAAUGGACUCGCAGCCCAAUACAUUGCAACGGCCGGUGCAUCAAUACAAUCGACAACAGCAACAGCAACAACAGCAUGCGCAACAGCAACCACCAACACUGCAACCGAAGCCCCAACAGCAGCCCAUGCAGCAGCAGUACAUUGCCUCGGCCGCCCAGCAAACACUCCAGCCAUAUCACACACCACUGCCCACACACCAGCCAAUGCCGUUGCACCAGUACCAGCCACCGGCCGCUGGUGGUCAGGGUCGUCAACAGGGUUCAAUGCCAACAACUCCCGAAGCCAACAGCCAAUCGGUGGUGGCGCCGCAUUUCGGUAAUGCAGCAAUGGCGAAUAAUAAUAGUAAAUACAAUGUGCCGCAUGUGGCACGCCAAACUAGUCAAAGUAGUUUCAGAAACCAGCAGCAGCAGCAGCAGCAGCAAAACUACAAUAAUAAUAAUAGCAAUGCAAAUGCGUCGGUCGGUGGCAUGGCCAAUAUGUACCAUCGUCCAGUAUUGGCCAUGCCGCCGGUGAUAUUGAUGGGCGGCGAGUUGGGGGCCGGCAAUAUGACCAGCCCGAUAAUUGAGAUGCCACCGUCACCAGCGCCGAGCGCAUUGCCGAUUGUGGAGUAUCCCGAUGACGAUGAGUAUGCGGCGCUCGAUGUUGCGCCGACGAGUUACAGCAUCGAUGCCGGUGAUCGUUUCUGUGUCGAGGCGCAUAUCAAUGUUGUACACAUAACAAUUGAACCUUUAACAACAACAUCAACUACAACAACAACAUCAACUACAACAACAACAACAAUAUAUCCAACAACAACAACAACCAUAACAACAACAAAAAGCAUACACAUUGCCGAUAGUAAACAGAAUGAGAUUAACACUUCGCCAACAACAACUACAUCGGCGACACUGACUGAUAAUGAAAUCGAAACCGAAAUCGAACUUGAAACGAAGAGUCUAAGCGAUUGCUUGGAAUCGAAUAAUAGUUCACCUCGAACUGAAUCAGUUACAGUGACGGAAGUGUACGACUACACAAUUGAGAGUGAGAAAUUAGGAACGAAAUGUGCUAAUGAAAAAUCAGUACAGAUUAUACCACAAUUUGGCAAUUUAUCAGUCAACAGCAACAGCAACAAUAAUCAACAACAAAAGCAAUAUGUGCCCGACUCACCGAUUGUACAGGAGCCGCCAACACCCACCGUCUACGGACAGGCUGCGGUGCAGACGCCGCAUUUCCCACAGGCAGCACAGCGUCAAGGCUACGCAUCGCCACCUGCAUCUGCUGCCUACCAGCAGCAACCCAUCUACCAGAAUCAGUACGAGCUCAAUGCGGCUGCCAUGCCGCCGCCGUCAGCCGUGGGCACAGGCGGACGUCGUAAUGUGGCACGCGGUUUACAGUAUCGUGACUCUGCUUACGAGUCACGCCGCCAAUCGCAAGCCAUCGGUGGCGGCAGUGUGCCGCCAGGCAUGCUGUCCAUUGACAAGUUCCGGUUGCUGAGCGUGCUGGGUCGCGGACACUUUGGCAAGGUCAUAUUGUCGCAGUUGCGCAGCACCAACCAAUAUUAUGCCAUCAAGGCGCUGAAGAAGGGCGAUAUUAUAGCACGCGACGAGGUUGAAUCGCUGCUGAGUGAGAAGCGCAUCUUCGAGGUAGCCAAUGCGAUGCGUCAUCCAUUUCUGGUCAAUUUGUACGCGUGUUUCCAGACCGAACAACACGUUUGCUUUGUUAUGGAGUAUGCGGCCGGUGGUGACCUCAUGAUGCACAUUCACACCGAUGUGUUUUCGGAGCCGCGUGCCGUCUUCUACGCCGCCUGUGUGGUGCUCGGCUUACAGUAUUUGCAUGAAAACAAAAUCAUAUAUCGUGAUUUGAAACUGGAUAAUCUCCUUUUGGACACAGAUGGUUAUGUGAAAAUUGCUGAUUUCGGUUUGUGCAAGGAGGGCAUGGGUUUCGGCGACCGGACGGGCACUUUCUGUGGCACACCAGAAUUUUUGGCGCCAGAAGUGCUCACAGAGACGUCAUACACACGCGCCGUCGACUGGUGGGGUUUGGGCGUACUGAUAUUCGAAAUGCUUGUCGGCGAGUCUCCAUUCCCUGGCGAUGAUGAGGAGGAAGUUUUCGAUUCGAUCGUUAACGAUGAAGUGCGCUACCCGCGAUUCUUGUCACUGGAGGCGAUAGCCAUUAUGCGUCGGUUAUUGCGCAAGAAUCCAGAACGGCGAUUGGGUUCUUCAGAACGCGAUGCGGAGGAUGUGAAGAAGCAAGCGUUCUUCCGUUCAAUCAGUUGGGAUGAUUUAUUGCUACGUAAGGUGAAGCCGCCUUUUGUGCCGACCAUUAACCAUCUUGAGGACGUAUCGAACUUCGAUGAGGAAUUCACCUCGGAAAAACCGCAGCUGACGCCUCCAAAGGAGCCAAGGCAUUUGACUGACGAAGAGCAACUAUUCUUCCACGAUUUUACCUACACCGCCGACUGGUGUUGAUAACUCGCAAAAGCGCAGCUCAAUUGUUUUUAAGAUAUAGAGGAAAGCAGCUCGUAUACGCCAACUUGGGAAGCCGGAACAGUGCGAAUGAAUUUUCCGCUUUGGUACUGCGAAUGUUGGCCGUUUGGACACUUAUUAUACCGUUUGAAAUAUUCGAUUUUGUGAAAUGCUUCGCUCUAACUUGUUCAAAUGUUUGGUGUGACCAUCGCUGUUUAUUGUGUAUUAGUUUAAGUAAACAGUAAUUUGAAUAGAACACAUAGCUCGGCUAGAUAUACAAAACAAUAUGCAUUAUUACAUAAUAAAAGAAGCAUGUUAUUUAA